AUGAAGUGUGUCUUUUUAGCUCUACUUGUACAAAUUGUUGCUUCUCAAUCCUGUUAUGAAAACUCGGAUAGAUUAAUUGGCUCACGAUGCUACAAAUUCAUUAACCAAAAGCUAUCCUAUCAAGAUGCUCGAAACUGGUGUCACAGCAGAAGUUCUUAUCUAGCUACCGUUCCAGAUCUCUAUACUGAUACUUCUUGGCUUGUGAGAACUGCAACCGCUCGUACGUUAUUCAACGACAAUGAAGGCAAAUUCUGGAUUGGAUUGAGCCGAUCCAAUAACAAAUGGACUUGGGACGACGGAACCCCAUACGUUUGGAACAACUGGGAAAUUCAAAAUUCCCAAAACUACGCUACGGAAAGCAUAAAAAAUGGAAAAUGGAAUGGUUACACCCCGGACACUCGCCUCAACUUUAUUUGCUCUUACUUCCCUAACGGAGGUCCUACUCCAGAAGCAUCUACUAUUUCAGGCGCAUCUAGUACAAAUGACCCUGGAACGACUUCUUAUGUAACACCAACAGGUACUUUUUUUUUGAAAUAA